CUGUUUGACCGAUUCCAGCUCUGCAGCCAAAACCUGACCGGGAACGUCUUGCAGAGUUCUCCCUCACCUAAGGCACUUGCCACACCAUAUCCUACCCUUAUUUUGCAGUGCCUAAUUACUUUCUAGUGUGGGAGGACUUGGAGAACGUGCUGGAGUUGUUCAUCCAGCCUCUGCAAUUUGCUUUGGUAUUUAUAAACACAGUGAGGAUGUGAUUUAUGAUGCAAGGGCAAGUCGGUGUGGUAGCUUCAGGAUGAGUAAUGCCUUCUUCCAUGCACAUCUGAGCUGUAGAAAAGGACCAGAAAGCCCAUGAGGAGGGAAAGAGUGAGACCUCCUUAGGUGGUAGAUGCAUACAGAGAGCAAGGAGAGAGGUCUUGCUGGAGGAAACAAGACCAUCCCAAGGUCCAGCAAGUGAGCCCGAUGCCAACAAGUUUUCUCGGCAGUGCCCUCCGGGGCACCUUCUUCUUAAUUUUUGGUCUCUGGUGGUCUGUGCGAUACACCCUAAAGUAUCUCAGGCGGAAGGCCAAUGCCGAGAACCAGCCAAGCUAUGGGGUCCAGCGCAUGGAAUUCUUUGAAGGGGCGGUCAAAGCUUUCUUUGCUCUAGCAGGGAUAUUGGUUGAGCAGUUUGUUCCCGCCGGUCCCCACCUGCAGCUGUACAGCCCCAAGACACACAGCUGGACAGACCUCACCCACUGGCAUUACACCACCAUGUACCUCUUCUUCCUCCUCUCCGGCAUCGUGGACAUCGUCUCGCACUCCCCGCUCAAGCUGCCGCUUGGCUUGGAUCGGCUCUCGCUGUCCAUGGCUCUGUUCUUCGAAGGUUUGCUCUUCUGUUUCCGUGACUACAGCGAUGCUGCACUGGACCACCACCUCCAUUCCCUGCUGGCCAUGGCUAUCUUUGCUGGAGCCCUCUGUGCCCUCCUAGAGGUGUUCCUCCGAGACCACAUCAUCCUGGAGACCUUCAGGACCAGCUCCUUCCUUCUCCAGGGCUCUUGGCUCUGGCAGAUUGGGUUUGUGCUGUGCCCUCCGUGGGGAGGACCGGGCUGGGAUCAGACUGACCGCAGCAACUUCACGUUCCUCACCAUGUGCUUCUGCUGGCAUUACGUGGGCGCUCUCACUGUCUUGGCAGCAAACUCUGCCACAUCUCGCUGCUGCAACGAGUCCUGCCAGCUGAAAUUCGGGGAUAUCGACGUGGAGCUGGACUGCGGCAUGUGCGUCCGCAAAGGCAACAAGAGCUUCAGCGGCGCCCUGCUGCCGCAGAGCGGCUCCGAUGAUAAGUGAGGCCAUGGCGGGCAUGGAAACUUCUUCCCCGCUGGCUUAGAGCUCUUGAGAUGAGGUUUUUUAAUUAGUCUUGAUCAACUACAUGGGCACUUGAUGGCAGAGCAUCAGAAGUGGGAGGCAGGACCCCAAAGGCGGAGCGCAGCAGGAGGUGCAAAGUCUUUCCCGUGCAUCCCUUGGACGGUAGCAAGAGCAAACCAGGCUUGUCUGGGAGGGAGUUUUUAAUUUUUCAUGCCGCAGCUCAGGCUGCGAACUGCAGGACUGGUUUGCUGGUGGAGUCCAACCAGUGUGGCCGAUUUGGCUAUUUUUUUUAAUAUUGUUUUUGCUUCUGCUUCUGCAGAAGGGAGCCAAACCAGCGUUCAAAGCUCCUGGUGGCUGUUGCCCGCUCUGGUGUUAAUGGAGGGGUGUUUUUUGUACAAAGCUUAAUGUGCACAGAGUAUACAUGAUCACCAAUAAAGUACUUUAACGAA